AAAUUGGGAUAAGCAGUAUACUUCUUUCUCUUUCCUGUUUUGCCACCGUAGUUCUUCUUCUCUUUCAAACGCCUGCCAUCGAAGUUCUUCUUCUCUUUCAAACGCCACAGUAGAUCUUAUUCUUCUCUUCCUUCUUAUCCCACUUUUCCCACCGCCGCCUCUUCCACCCAAUCAGAUGUUGCACCGCCAUGGACAUCAUUCAUUAUCUUUCUCCUGUGAUUAGAUCUAUUCUCAUUCUGAAGCUCCCUUUCUUGGAUAUCAGUCGAUAACCCUGCCCUCCUUUCUUCUUGGCUCUGCUGCUUCACCUCCGCUUAGACCAACGGUAGAUAAUUGCUUUGAUGGGUUCCGAUUUUGAUUGUUCUUUACAAAGAUGGAGGCAAUGAUGAAAUUUGUUUGUGAAAACAGUUUGCACCGGCAACCAUGGGUGAACUUGAAGGUCGUAUUUUGGAAAGGCAACUCGGAAGGCAUAUCCGAUUGGAAUAUGCAACCGGUGUUUGCAGCCAUUCCGUCUUUCAUCCCCUUUUUCUGAGCCUCGUCUCAUUGAAAAUCACUGUUAUGAUGCAGCCAUACCGUCUUUCAUCCCCUUUUUCUGAGCCUCGUCUCAUUGAAAAUCACUGUUAUGAUUUCCGAUUUCCAAAUUUCUGGUGUUUCUUUGUUCGUGUUUGUCUGUAGUUUUGGAGCAGGGUCGUUUGAUUUCCCCCUGAUUUCUAGGGUACGUAAUUUCAACCUCUGCUUGUCUUCCCACCGCAUCCAAGAAAAGCGCCGACUGUGCUGUUGGUGUUCAUCGACGGUGGUGAUUCAGCCGACUUCUCCCAUCAGGAUCUCACCUGGGAUUCCAAUAUCAAAUUCGAUGGGGGAGGGGUUUAAAACUUUGAACAAGAUCCAAUUAUACCUCACCCAGGUGAUUAGAGCCGAGAAAGCAGAGGUUUCUUUAUAA